GCUCUUCCUCAAACCCAAUGGAACCAGCGGUUUUCUUGAUACCUCUCAGUUUAGGUAACAUUUUGUAAUUUCAUACACAUCCAGAUUGUUAGACUGCCUCGUUAGAGGCAGAUAAAGCGAUGUUUCUGUGUCGUUUUAGAGAAAUAAAUCUCACGUCCCGCUGCUAACAUGUAGCCGAAUUAUCAUCUCCAGCAACCAGUUCCCACUUAGAAGAGAAGCAUCCAGUGAGAACAUCUUGCAGGACGACCAGCUGCAGGAGUUAGAGGUGACAUACUGAGUCACAGAUGCAACCAGACUACAUUAAAGAAACUCUGCAGUAAGAAGCAAUCAGCAUGUCCUCUGAGGAGGAGACUUCUCAGACGUCCUCUUCUUCCAUGUCUCCUCCUCCCUCCUGCUCUUCCCCCACCGCCCAUUUCAUCGGUAAGAAGGAGGACAUUGUCAAGGCCGGCCGUGUGACCAAGCUGGUGAACCGAUGCAGGGAUGUGCUGGUCCUGUACCACCAGGGGCAGCUUCAUGCAAUGGACAUGCGCUGUUACCAUGCAGGUGGUGCACUGCAACAUGGAGACAUAGAGGAGUUUAAUGGGAGACUGUGCAUCGUGUGUCCGUGGCACAAGUACAAGAUCACACUAGAGGAAGGGGAAGGGCUUUACCAAGCUGUGGAUGAUCCUACUACAAAACCCCUGAGGACUUACUGGCGCUCCAAAGGCAUCAAACAGAGGAUUCAUAAGGUCACGGAGGUCAACGGGGAUGUAUAUGUAACUCUGAAUGACUCCAGCGAGGCCAUUGAGUCGGACACCUACCAGACUGAGAGAUUUAGGACUGGCUCACUCACUGCCCAACCUAAACCCUGGAAAUAACUGGAGACUCAAGGAUGCUUCAGGCAAACAAUCAACAAUACUUGAAUGAUUCAGGGACAAUUUUGGAAGGUCUUUGUCUUGGCAAAAUCUAAAUAGUUGAGAAUAAGUUUAUUUCAAAACGAUGACUGAGAUAAAGAUAAAAAGAAAGAAGAAGAUGAUAAACUGUUGUUAAUUGUUAAUAGAAUGUCUUUGAGGUUUGGUUUUGUUGAUCCGAAUGAAGGUGUCAGCUCAGACAUUGGGAAAUUGUGAUAUAUGCCUAAUGUAAUUACAUUUUAUUGACCAAACAAUGAGUUGAUUGUUAAGAAAAUUAUUGGACAAUGUAGCAGUUACAUGCGGCUCCAGUUAGACUUUACAACAAAACAUUAGAUGAACUUGUACAAAAGGAUGUAUUGUUAUAGAUUAAGUUACCUAACAAUAAAAAGAAGUCAAAGUAACUCUA